GAUCAGCAUGGAUCCAGAUUCAUCCAGACAAAGCUGGAUGGUGCCAAUGCUCAAGACCGUCAACUCGUAUUCGAGGCCCUGCUUCCCAGUUCCGUGGGAUUGAUGACUGAUCUCUUUGGAAACUAUGUUGUGCAAAAAUUUUUGGAGAGAGAUCUCGUGAAGAAUGGCAGGAAUCGCCUGACUUGUUCUAUCCCCCAGGUGCUUGAGUUGUCACUGGACAUGUACGGAUGCCGUGUAGUCCAGAAGGCUAUCGAGGUGAUCGAAGGGCCGAGACAGGAGCAGCUCGUUCGAGAACUGCAAGGAAAUGUGAUGAAAUGCGUCAGAGAUCAGAAUGGAAACCAUGUCAUCCAGAAAUGUAUCGAACGCUCGGCGCCUGAGACCGUGCAAUUCAUUGUCGAAGAUUUCAUCGGGCAGGUGGUGCAACUGGCGAUGCAUCCUUACGGCUGCCGAGUCAUCCAGCGUAUCUUGGAGCAUUGCAAACAUGAUCAGGUUGCUCCAAUCCUCUCGGAGAUAGUGAGAAGUGCAAAGGAGCUUGUUCACGACCAGUAUGGCAACUAUGUUGUACAGCAUGUGCUCGAGCACGGUAGAGGCCAAGACCGCGAAGCUAUCCUACAGAAGUGCGAAGGACAGAUCGUGGCGAUGUCGCAGCACAAAUUCGCAUCCAAUGUCGUCGAGAAGCUGCUGCAGGUCUUGCUUGUGACAAUUCUCGAUGAAGUCACUGGCAACCAGCCCUCGGGUGCCCCGUCGGUCUUGGACAUGAUGAGGGAUGCCUAUGGCAACUAUGUUGUACAAAAGGCUCUGGACGUGUGCGAGGGUGUCGACCGCGCGCGUCUCAUCGCCGCUAUCAGGGAGCAUCUUCCCGCCGUCAGGAAGUUCACGUACGGCAAGCACAUCAUCGCGCACAUCGAGAAGCUG